AUGGGAAGUAAAUGUACCAAACUAUCUGAUAAAAGUGUUUCUGAAAAUGAUCCACCACAAAACCAGAACGAAGGUGUGGAAGGGGACGAAUCUGUUUUAGAACAAAAGAGUUACGACUUUAAUGAACUCGACAACAUACAAGAGGAUGAUUUAGGUUCUGUUGAAGAAAAUGAGCUUGAAGAAGAUGAGGCUGAGAUGAAGCCUUUAGAAUCAAGGAUGAGUACUAAGAAUUCAAAUGUUAGUCAGGACUCAGGCCUUGAUCCUGGUCUGCUUCCUUUCCAAAAUAGUAUUACUACUCUAACUAACCAGAACACUUCAACUUUCUCUCAGAAAAAUUCCUCCUUAUCCUUGAAUAGUCAAAACUCUGGAAUGUACGGCUUAAACACAAACGAGGAACCUUUUAACGAAUAUGAAUUGAAUAAGAAUAAUGGGUCCAAUAAAAGUUUGGACGCAUACGCGUCAACUCAAGAUUCAAAUGAAUUCACUGAUCCCACUGUUGUGAUGCAGACUUUUACUCCUUUUGACAUGAAAAAGACUGAUGAGCUUGCCAGUUUUCUCGUUAGCAGGUGCGGUUUGGGUCUUCAGAAGGACCACAAUCCACAAAACUGUAAAAUUUGUCAAACUGUAGAUUUAUCAGAUGCUCCUCUUAUUGCUUAA